AUGGUAGUGCGGAAAACACGAAACCGACACUGUACCGUGAGUGGAGGCAGGGAGACGGGUGGACAGCGGCAGGCAGACAACGGCAGGGAGACAGAAGUAGCGUGCCCGGUAUGGAAGCUGCAGGGUGCACGGAGUAACGCCUGGCCGCGAGUAGCAGCGGCCACGGGGAGACGAGCGGCAGCAAGUCCGCAGGAGAGGAGCCGCGGUGAGCCGCGGUGGAGACACAGCGACCAUGGCGCGCAGCCCCAAACAUGUGAUGUGGAAGAGGAGCCGCGACCAUGCAGGACGAACAAUGUGCGAGGCGUGAGUAACAAGGUGACGAAGAGCAACCCAUUGCAGCUUGAAGUCCGUUUGGUGAGCUCCUUCUUCUUCUAUUGA